CGAUUAGAUUAGAUUAAAAAAAACUCGUAUAAAAGUCUCAGAGAAGUGGCUUUAUGCGGACGUGUUGACUCGUUCGUUUUGUUCUUUGUUCAGAAAGACUCUCAGAUAGCUUCGACCUCGCUCUCCGAUCAUCUUCUUCUUCUUCUUCGUUUCUCUCAUCUCUUUGUAGAUUUUGACAUCAUAAUAAUCGGGUUUAUCGCGAGCUUCUCAUGGAUUCGGUGAAUGUAUUCUUAUCCUGAUUUAUUAUGACUCGUUAGCUGUGUUCUUCGCGGAUUUAUUGUAAUUUCAUUUGUAGAUGGAGACUCAAGUUCCACCUAUCUCGGAGGUCAUUGCCCUUACUGAGAAGAAAGUCUCCAUGGCUUUAGAUGAUAUCAUCAAGUUGUCAAAGAGAAAAAACAAUGUGAAUAGGGGCAAGAAACCAAGGAGGGAAAAGAAGAAAACCCAAAACUUCAGUGGUGCUGCGAGAAAUGAUACAUCUAAGGUGUCGAAAUAUGUGAAGUCACUUUCUUCCGUUAGACAGGGUGCUGUUGCCAAGAGAAGGUCCAAUUUCAAAGGAAAUCAGUUUCCUUCAACAACAAACAUGGCUCGUAAAGCCGCUGCUGCUGGUAAAGCUUUUCAUGGUGGAUGGAUGACCAGUGCGAAUCAGUCAAGGCGUAUUGCUCCACCAGUUCAAAAUAGAUCUGUACAGGCUAGAGUCAACGCAAAGAGGCAUGAGGUAGAUCAGAAAGUAGAAAACAGAGAAUGGAAGAGUAAGACACUGGACUCUCGCUUUGCAAGCAUGAAAGAGCAGAGAAAGAUGAUUAACAAGUAUGGCGCUGCAGUUCAACUUCCAAGGUUGCCACCAUGGGCUAGAGUCGGAAGAUUUCCCCACUGAGAAAACCAGAAAGAUUUUAUGGAUCGUUCCAGUUUAGAUUGUGGCUUUUGGGUUUUAGAGCUUUAGAUUCCUGUUAUGCAGUAAGCAAUGUAAUUCUUUUGUGAAUCUAUGACUUGUUAGGAUCUGACAAUUCCAUCUAAGAAAAUAAUAAGAAGUGAAAUCUUGGGUUUUCAUUCGUUA